AAUAUUUCCCUACGUCGGAUCUCUGACAUCUACUUUUUAUUUUGCAUUUGUGAUCGUUUCUCCUAACUCUUGAAGGGGAGUUUAGUCUUUUCGUUACUUUGGCCCAUGCAGGUGACUUACUGUACGCCUUGAAGAGGCAGCACAAUCUGGCCAAUAAACAAGCUAAAAUAAACCUCAAGAAAGAAAAAGAUAUUAAAUAUUUUAAUACCAGUAGUUCGUAUUGCAGCUACCAGAUAGUGCAGUACGCUCAAAAUGAAUGGUUCAGAACACAACAGAACAAAACACGAUAGUCAGCCUCAGCCGGCAAGUGCCCAAGGCGGGCACACAUGGCGUAAUUUUGCUAUCGCGUGUGCGCGUAUGCCGCUACUUUCGUUUCGUCAUUCCUUGCAUCGCAUCCAAGAGCUGGUAUAUGACCUGCAAGGUUAUGCUAUAAUUGCCCACUCUUGCCAUGUACGCUUGCAAAUUUUCAUGCAUUGCAUGAUAACUUGAAUAUAUUUAUAGUAUCACAUGAUUGAACACUUUCGUAAUGGUUCAGUUGACGUGCUUGACAAGGUUAUUGCUACGACGUAAGUUUCUUUCCAGAAGUGUUGUCAGCUAUCAAAACAUUAAUGCAGCUCAGUAUGCUAUUAAAAUACAGACAACCUUUAAGUUUUCUGAUCUGGGAGUACAGUUUGCUUCUCCAGAUCAACUACAACCAAAGCCAGAUGUAAAUGCAUUGCAAUUUGGCAAGCACUUCACAGAUCAUAUGUUAAAAAUCUACUAUCACGAGUCUUUAGGAGGAUGGCAGAAACCACAAAUUACUCCAAUGGAAAAUAUUGCUCUGCAUCCAGGUGCCAAAGUUCUUCAUUAUGCAGUUGAGUUGUUUGAAGGAAUGAAAGCAUACAGAGGUACGGAUGGCAAAAUUCGUAUCUUUAGACCUGACCUGAAUAUGGAUCGAAUGAAUAGGUCUGCAAUUAGGUUAGGACUUCCCACUUUUAAUGGGACUGAAUUAAUUAAGUGUAUGUGUCGACUUGUGUCUAUUGAUCGAGAAUGGGUGCCACAUUCAGAAGCAUCAAGCUUGUAUAUCAGACCUACUCUUAUAGGAAUAGAUCCAUCACUUGGUGUGGCAGCAUGUGAUUCGGCCAUGUUGUAUGUUAUUCUGUGUCCUGUGGGAUCGUACUUUGAUACAAAAAGUAAAGCCGUAUCACUUUUAGCUGAUCCCCAGUACACCAGAGCAUGGCCAGGUGGCUGCGGAGACAAGAAAUUAGGUUCUAACUAUGGUCCCACGAUUGCAGUUCAGCAAGAGGCUAGUCAACAAGGAUUGCAACAGGUGUUAUGGCUGUAUGGAGAAGAUCAUCUUCUAACUGAAGUAGGCACCAUGAACAUCUUCAUGUUUUAUAUUAAUGAUAGAGGAGAGCAAGAAUUGGUUACACCACCUCUUGAUGGACUGAUUCUCCCAGGCAUUACCAGGCAGUCUAUUCUAGAAAUAUCCAAGGAAUGGAAUGAUUUCAAAAUUUGUGAACGACAUAUAACAAUGAAAGAAGUAAUUGAAUUGACAUCUGAAAAUAGGGUGCUGGAAAUGUUUGGAGCAGGCACUGCAUGUGUGGUUAGUCCAGUGGGAUCAAUUAGUUACUUGGGUCAAACACUACAAAUUCCAACAACUGAAUGGUCAACAGAGCCACUGUAUGGACGAGUGUUACGGACGUUGACUGAUAUUCAAUAUGGACGAGUGCCUCAUCCAUGGGCUGUGCCCAUUGAUGAUUAUGCUUAAGUUAGUGUUGUGUGGUUGUGUACAUUUUAGAAUGUAGUUACGAUAUAUAUUUUUAAGAAGAUUCGACUACUGUUAUUCAUUGACAACAAUCCUUGUGUAAGUUUAUAAGUAAGAGUUGUGCUUCUUGUCAAUUAGUACAUUAUUUAGAAACUAAAGACUGGUUUACUGUCAUCUAACCUCAUGAACAUUAUUUCACUGGAGAUUGUGGCAAAAGAACCUAGGUUAUUAUGAUUCCUUCAAGUUUAAAGUAAUUUUUAUUUUUUAUUAUUGGUAGAAGAAAUUAGGUAAGUAAAGACUGGUGCCGGUUAUCAAGAGGUUUCAUUCAUUAAAUAUUGAUUAUAGAUUUUUCUGAGCUCCUUCUUGAUAAUUUUUCUAUCUUAUGAAAUAUAAUUGUCAAAUUCUUGAAGUUCACAUUUUGUAUAUGGUGUGUUGCCUUGUCUUGCCAUAAUCUCCCAAGUUCCUAUUUCAUAAGCCAAAGAUUAUUUCUUUGCCAUGUAAAUCUCUUUUCCACUAAGAGAUGUGUUGAUCUGACUUGCAGCUUUUUGUUGUUGUUUUUAAUUAAAUCCAGAUAAAUCAUAAUGUAAAGUCGCUUCAGUUUUAAAAUUUAUGAAUAAAUUUAUAUUUUUAAUUUAGUUGUGCUGAGUAAAUGAUAUUGGCUGUGUUUUUUGCAUACAUUGAAAGUUCAAAAUGUAUGAAUAAAGUGUAAAGUGUAUCUUUGUUUUAAGAUAGAAUAGAGUUACAGCACCAAGAGUGCAAUUUUGUCAUAAGAUAGUUGUGAUAUUUUUGAGGAUUGAAAGAAUACUCUAAUUUAACUAUAGUAAUUUUUUGAAGUUGUAAGAGUUGUAUUGGUUUUGCCGUUGAAAGCUGUUUGUUUUAACUUUAAUAGAAUAAAAUUUGGGCUUCCUGAAAUGAAUGCUAAUAUUUGAAAUUAAUUCUGCUCUUUUUGCAUUUAUUUGAACAUUUUGUUGUACUGAAUUUUCAUAUUUUUGUAUGAAAUUAUCUUCACCUUUAGAUAUACUUAGUGAAGGAUAUUGUAGAUAAAUAUAAAUUUUACCAUACUUAAAAAGAAAGAGAAUGUUUUGAUUUCCGAGUUUCAAAUUAAACAGAAGUGCAAUGAAAAUAUUUCUGUGAUUAUUAAAUUUGUACAAAAAUGAAUAGUGUUUUAAAGUUGUUUUUUGCAACACGAAACAAUUAUGAUAGCCGAAUACCAAUUUAUUUUGUAUACACCUGAUUUUAUAAAAACUAUUUAAGUAUAAUGCAUGUUGUACAUUUUAAUAGCACGAUCUGAAAUAUGCUUACGAAAAAGAUACAAAUAUAUAAAAAAGAAUGUAAAUUUUUGUUUGACAUUUCUCCCUUUCACUUGUCCUGAAUCUGAGAGAGACCAAAGACACUCCUUUUUCCCCACAAAUGUCUACCCAAAUAUUUAGAAAGGGGAAAAAGAUAGAGCAUUAUUACACUUCUAACAUUUAGAAUUGUGUGCUCUUUAAGUUUCACUCCAUGGCACGGGUUAGAGGAUUUCCCUCUAAUUUAACAACUGGAUCAAUCCCCUUUUUCGAUAUCAGGGCCCGGCAAUAAAUUAUUUUCUACGAGAAAUUGCAGUUUUUUCAUGCUUUACAUAACUG